AUGGAUAUAAUUAUGGGAUACUGUGUGGGCACACGGCCUCCUUCUUGCCUCAUCCUCCUGCUUCUCAAGCUUUUGGCUACACUCUCUCAGGGGCUGCCUGGGACCGGACCCCUGGGUUUCCACUUCACACAUUCCAUUUAUAAUGCUACCGUGUACGAGAACUCGGCAGCAAGGACUUACGUCAACAGCCAGAGUCGUAUGGGCAUCACCUUGAUCGAUCUGUCCUGGGACAUCAAAUACAGAAUAGUGUCUGGAGACGAGGAAGGCUUUUUCAAAGCCGAGGAAGUCAUCAUUGCAGAUUUCUGUUUUCUCAGAAUAAGAACUAAAGGUGGCAAUUCCGCCAUAUUGAACAGGGAAAUUCAGGACAAUUAUUUAUUGAUAGUCAAAGGCUCUGUCCGAGGUGAGGAUUUGGAAGCAUGGACCAAAGUGAGCAUACAGGUUUUAGAUAUGAAUGACCUGAGACCCUUAUUUUCACCCACAACCUACUCAGUUACAAUCGCAGAAAACACACCACUAAGGACUAGCGUCGCCCAGGUGACGGCGACAGAUGCAGACAUCGGUUCCAAUGGCGAAUUCUACUACUACUUCAAGAACAAAGUUGAGCUCUUUUCAGUCCACCCCACGAGCGGGGUCAUCUCCUUAAGCGGACGAUUAAAUUAUGAUGAAAAGAGCAGAUACGAUCUGGAGAUCUUGGCCGUGGACCGGGGGAUGAAGCUGUAUGGGAAUAAUGGAGUGAGCAGCACUGCCAAGCUUUAUGUUCACGUUGAACGCGUAAACGAGCACGCCCCUGCUCUCCACGUGGUCGCUCACAUUCCUUUCUCGUUGGACAAAGAACCUGUAUACGCGGUGGUGACGGCCGAUGACCUCGAUGAAGGGGCCAAUGGAGAGAUUGAGUCUGUUUCCAUCGUGGCUGGGGACCCUUUAGACCAGUUCUUCCUGGCCAAGGAAGGAAAGUGGGUGAAUGAGUACAGGAUUAAGGAGAAGAAGCCGGUUGACUGGGAGAGCUUUCCCUAUGGCUACAACCUCACUCUUCAAGCCAAAGACAAGGGGUCUCCUCAGAAGUUUUCAGCAGUCAAGAUAGUCCACAUCGCCAACCCUAAAAGAGACACUGUCCCGGUUAGAUUUGAGAAAGAAGCAUACGAAGUGAGCAUUAGUGAAUUUUCCCCUCCUGGUGUCGUGGUUGCUAUAGUAAAAUUAAGUCCUGAACCACUAGAUGUGGAGUACAGAUUAUCCCCUGGUGAGGAUGCUCAGUACUUCAAAAUCAAUCCCCAGUCAGGUCUGAUCGUCACCGCACAGCCACUGAAUACCAUUAAGAAGGAGGUUUAUAAACUGGGGGUGACAAAUAAAGAAGGAGAUUUAAAAACACAAGUCACCAUCAGCAUAGAAGACGCCAACGACCACACCCCAGAAUUUCAGCAGCCGCUGUAUGAGGCGAUUGUGAAUGAGAGUGCUCCCGUGGGAACAAGCGUGCUGACAGUUUCAGCCUCUGAUAAGGAUAAAGGAGAAAACGGGUACAUCACCUACAGUAUUGCCAGCUUGAACGUGUUGCCGUUCGCCAUUAACCAGUUUACAGGCGUCAUCAGCACCACCGAGGAGCUAGACUUUGAAUCGUCUCCAGAAACGUACAGGUUUGUCGUCAGAGCCUCUGACUGGGGCUCGCCAUACCGCCACGAGAGCGAGGUCAAUGUGACUAUUCGAGUUGGAAACGUCAACGACAACAGCCCCCUCUUUGAAAAAGUGGCUUGCCAGGGAGUGAUCUCCUAUGACUUUCCAGUUGGGGGUCAUAUCACAGCUGUCUCAGCGAUCGAUAUUGACGAGCUGGAGCUUGUAAAGUACAAAAUCAUCUCUGGAAACGAACUUGGUUUCUUUUAUUUAAACCCAGACUCUGGUGUUUUGCAGCUUAAAAAGUCACUGAUGAAUGCUGGCAUUAAAAAUGGAAAUUUUGCUCUCAGGAUUACAGCCACUGAUGGAGAGAAUCUUGCGGACCCCAUGUCUGUUAACAUUUCAGUCUUACAUGGAAAGGUGUCUUCAAAGAGCUUCAGUUGCCGAGAAACUCGCGUGGCUCAGAAGCUGGCAGAGAAGCUCCUCAUUAAGGCCAAAGCAAAUGGGAAACUGAAUCUAGAAGAUGGAUUUCUUGACUUUUAUUCAGUUAACCGGCAGGGACCACAUUUUGACAAGUCAUUUCCUUCUGAUGUGGCUGUGAAGGAGAAUCUGCCAGUUGGUGCUAAUAUUCUGAAGAUUAAAGCCUAUGAUUCCGACUCUGGCUUCAAUGGGAAGGUGCUAUUUACAAUAUCCGAUGGGAAUAUGGAUAGCUGUUUUAAUAUUGAUAUGGAGACGGGGCAACUUCAAGUCCUUAUGCCCAUGGAUAGAGAGCACAGAGACCUCUAUCUCCUUAACAUCACCAUCUAUGACUUAGGGAAUCCACAAAAGUCCUCAUGGAGGUUGCUUACCAUCAAUGUGGAGGAUGCCAAUGACAAUAGCCCUGUUUUUCUUCAAGACAGUUACUCAGUUAACAUUCUUGAGAGUUCAAGUAUUGGCACUGAGAUUAUUCAAGUGGAAGCUAGAGACAAAGACUUGGGUUCUAAUGGUGAAGUGACUUACUCAGUCUUGACAGAUACACAGCAAUUUGCCAUCAAUAGCUCCACUGGAAUCGUGUAUAUAGCAGACCAGUUGGACCGGGAAUCCAAAGCGAACUAUUCUUUAAAAAUAGAAGCCAGAGACAAGGCAGAAAGUGGCCAGCAGCUCUUUUCGGUUGUCACCCUGAAGGUUUUCUUGGAUGACGUCAAUGACUGCUCCCCGGCUUUCAUUCCCAGUAGCUACAGUGUGAAGGUCCUUGAAGACCUACCCGUUGGCACUGUCAUUGCUUGGCUGGAGACCCAUGACCCAGAUCUGGGGCUGGGGGGUCAAGUGCGCUAUUCUUUGGUCAAUGAUUACAAUGGGAGAUUUGAAAUAGAUAAAGCAAGUGGCGCCAUCCGCCUGAGCAGGGAGCUCGACUAUGAGAAGCAGCAGUUCUACAACCUCACAGUUCGGGCCAAGGACAAAGGGCGGCCUGUCUCUCUGUCAUCCGUGUCCUUUGUGGAGGUGGAAGUGGUGGAUGUCAACGAGAACCUCCAUACUCCCUAUUUCCCAGACUUUGCUGUUGUUGGCUCUGUAAAAGAAAACUCACGGAUUGGAACCAGCGUGCUGCAGGUGACUGCCCACGAUGAGGACUCGGGGAGGGAUGGGGAGAUCCAGUACUCCAUCAGGGAUGGCAGUGGUCUUGGAAGGUUCAAUAUUGAUGACGAGAGUGGAGUCGUCUCUACUGCAGACAUUCUCGAUCGAGAGACAACGGGGUCGUACUGGCUGACUGUGUACGCCACAGAUAGGGGUGUUGUUCCGCUCUAUUCCACUAUUGAGGUCUACAUUGAAAUUGAAGACGUGAAUGACAACGCCCCGCUGACCUCGGAACCUAUUUAUUAUCCUGUUGUCAUGGAAAACUCUCCAAAGGAUGUAUCUGUCAUUCAGAUCCAGGCUGAGGACCCUGACUCUAGUUCCAAUGAAAAACUGACCUACAGGAUUACAAGCGGGAAUCCUCAGAACUUUUUUGCCAUCAACAUCAAAACAGGUCUGAUUACAACAACUUCAAGGAAAUUGGAUCGAGAACAGCAGGCAGAACAUUUUCUGGAGGUGACCGUGACAGAUGGUGGCUUCUCCCCGAAACAGUCGACCAUCUGGGUGGUGGUUCAGGUUCUAGAUGAAAAUGACAACAAGCCUCAGUUCCCAGAGAAGGUCUACCAGAUCAAGCUGCCAGAACGUGACCGGAAGAAGCGGGGAGAGCCCAUCUACAGGGCUUUUGCAUUCGACAAAGACGAGGGACCCAACGCUGAGAUUUCCUACAGUAUCGUGGAUGGGAAUGAUGACGGGAGGUUCUUCAUUGACCCUAAAACUGGCAUGGUCUCUUCCAGAAAGCAGUUUACAGCAGGGAGUUAUGACAUUCUCACGAUCAAGGCUGUGGACAACGGGCGCCCUCAGAAGUCCUCCACGGCCCGCCUCCACAUCGAAUGGAUUAAGAAACCGCCUCCUUCACCUGUACCACUGACCUUCGAUGAGCCGUUCUACAACUUCACAGUCAUGGAGAAUGACCGAGUCACGGAGAUUGUCGGGGUGGUGUCUGUGCAGCCAGCUAACACCCUUCUGUGGUUUGACAUUGUUGGGGGCAAUUUUGACAGCUCUUUUGACGCAGAGAAGGGUGUUGGGACCAUUGUCAUUGCAAAACCUUUGGAUGCAGAGCAGAGGUCCAUCUAUAAUAUGAGUGUGGAAGUCACCGACGGGACAAAUGUUGCUGUCACUCAGGUAUUUAUCAAAGUGCUGGAUAAUAAUGAUAACGGCCCAGAAUUCUCUCAGCCAAAUUACGAUGUGACCAUUUCCGAGGAUGUGCUUCCAGAUACCGAAAUCCUGCAGAUUGAAGCCACAGACAGGGACGAGAAGCACAAGCUGAGCUACAGCGUCCACAGCAGCAUCGACUCGGUCAGCAUGAGGAAGUUCCGCAUAGAUCCCAGCUCUGGCGUCCUCUACACGGCCGAGAGGCUGGACCAUGAGGCACAGGACAAGCACAUCCUGCACGUAAUGGUCAGAGAUCAGGAGUUUCCUUAUCGAAGAAACUUGGCCCGAGUCAUUGUGAAUGUGGAAGAUGCUAACGAUCACAGCCCUUAUUUUACCAACCCACUCUAUGAAGCGUCUGUGUUUGAAUCGGCUGCUCUGGGAUCAGCUGUACUGCAGGUGACGGCUCUGGACAAAGACAAAGGGGAAAAUGCAGAACUCAUGUAUACCAUAGAAGCAGGGAACACUGGGAACACAUUUAAGAUCGAACCGGUCCUGGGCAUCAUCACAGUUUCCAAAGAGCCAGACAUGACGACCAUGGGUCAGUUUGUCCUGUCAGUCAAAGUCACGGAUCAGGGUUCCCCACCGAUGUCUGCCACCGCCAUUGUGCGCAUUUCUGUCACCAUGUCUGAUAAUUCUAACCCCAGGUUCACUCACAAAGACUACCAAGCAGAAGUGAAUGAAAAUGUUGAUGUUGGAACGUCUGUCAUUCUAAUCUCUGCCAUCAGUCAAUCCACUCUCAUUUAUGAAGUGAAAGAUGGAAAUGUUGAUGGGAUCUUCACCAUAAACCCCUAUUCUGGAGUCAUCACCACUCGGAAGGCACUGGAUUACGAGCGGACUUCCUCUUAUCAGCUCAUUGUCCAGGCCACCAACAUGGCAGGAAUGGCUUCCAAUGUCACAGUCAGUAUUCAGAUUGUUGAUGAAAACGACAAUGCACCAGUGUUUCUCUUUUCUCAGUAUUCAGGCAGCCUCAGCGAGGCAGCCCCUAUCAAUAGCAUUGUCAGGAGCGUGGAUAACAGCCCUCUGGUGAUUCGAGCCACUGAUGCUGACAGCAACCGGAAUGCUUUGCUCGUGUAUCAGAUUGUGGAGUCCACAGCCAAGAAGUUCUUCACGGUGGACUCCAGCACAGGGGCAAUCAGAACAAUUGCCCACCUGGACCAUGAGACCAUCGCCCAUUUCCAUUUUCACGUGCACGUGAGAGACAGUGGUAGCCCCCAGCUGACCGCGGAGAGUCCCGUUGAAGUCAACAUAGAGGUGACGGAUGUGAAUGACAACCCACCUGUGUUCACUCAGGCUGUGUUUGAGACUGUCUUGCUUCUACCGACCUAUGUCGGAGUGGAGGUUCUGAAAGUUAGUGCCACAGAUCCUGACUCCGAGGUGCCCCCUGAACUGACGUACAGCCUAAUGGAAGGCAGCUUGGAUCAUUUUUUAAUUGACUCAAAUAGUGGAGUGCUCACCGUGAAAAACAACAACCUCUCCAAAGAUCACUAUAUGCUGAUAGUGAAGGUGUCUGAUGGAAAGUUCUAUAGUACAUCCAUGGUCACCAUCUUGGUGAAAGAAGCCAUGGACAGCGGCCUCCACUUUACUCAAAGCUUUUACUCCACCUCCAUCUCAGAGAACAACACUAACAUAACCAAAGUUGCCAUUGUCAAUGCAGUUGGAAAUCGCCUUAAUGAGCCCUUAAAAUAUAGCAUCUUAAACCCAGGAAACAAGUUCAAGAUAAAAUCUACCUCAGGGGUCAUUCAGACCACGGGAGUUCCCUUUGACCGUGAGGAGCAGGAGUUCUAUGAGCUGGUGGUGGAAGCCAGCCGAGAGCUUGACCAUCUGCGGGUGGCGAGGGUGGUGGUCAGGGUUAGCAUCGAAGACAUAAACGACAACUCUCCGGUCUUUGUGGGUCUCCCUUACUACGCGGCCGUACAGGUUGACGCGGAGCCUGGCACUCUGAUUUACCGAGUGACGGCCAUUGACAAAGACAAAGGUGCAAAUGGGGAAGUGACCUAUGUCCUACAGGAUGACUAUGGCCACUUCGAAAUUAACCCUAAUUCAGGGAAUGUUAUUUUAAAAGAAGCAUUCAACUCAGACUUGUCCAACAUUGAGUAUGGGGUCACCAUCCUAGCCAGAGAUGGUGGAAAACCCUCUUUGUCCACAUCCGUGGAACUUCCCAUCACUAUUGUCAACAAAGCGAUGCCUGUAUUUGAUAAGCCCUUUUACACAGCAUCUGUCAAUGAAGAUAUUGGCAUGGACACACCCAUUCUAAGCAUCAAUGCCACAAGUCCAGAAGGCCAAGGCAUCAUAUAUAUCAUUAUUGAUGGGGAUCUGUAUAAACAAUUUAACAUUGACUUUGACACUGGGGUCCUGAAAGUCAUUAGCCCUUUGGAUUAUGAAAUGGCAUCAGCUUACAAGUUGACAGUAAGAGCCAGUGAUGCCCUUACUGGGGCCAGGGCUGAAGUUACCAUUGACCUGCUUGUUAAUGAUGUGAAUGACAACCCCCCUAUUUUCAGUCAACCCACAUACAAUACAACAUUAUCAGAAGCGUCCCUCAUCGGGACACCUGUUUUACAAGUUGUGUCUACUGAUGCAGACUCAGGAAACAAUAAAAUGGUCCAUUAUCAGAUUGUCCAGGAUACUUACAACAGCACGGAUUAUUUUCACAUAGAUAGCGCAAGCGGCUUGAUCCUGACUGCACGGAUGCUGGACCACGAGUCGGUGCAGCACUGCACUUUGAAAGUCAGAGCCACAGAUAAUGGCUUCCCAUCACUGAGCAGCGAGGUCCUGGUUCACAUCUACAUCUCGGACGUAAAUGACAACCCUCCAGUCUUUAAUCAGCUCAUUUAUGAGUCAUAUGUGAGUGAACUAGCCCCCCGGGGCCACUUUGUAACCUGUGUGCAGGCCUCCGAUGCAGACAGCGCUGACUUUGACCGGUUGGAAUACAGCAUUUUAUCUGGGAACGACCGGACCAGCUUUCUGAUGGACAGCAAGAGUGGCAUCAUUACACUGUCCAACCACCGCAAGCAGCGGAUGGAGCCUCUGUACAGUCUCAACGUGUCGGUCUCUGAUGGGCUGUUCACAAGCACCGCCCAGGUGCAUAUCAGGGUCCUCGGGGCCAACCUGUACAGCCCUGCCUUUUCACAGAGCACCUACGUAGCUGAAGUGAGAGAGAAUGCAGCCGCUGGGACAAAGGUAAUCCAUGUUCGGGCCACGGAUGGGGACCCGGGGAUGUAUGGGCAGAUCAGCUAUGCCAUCAUCAAUGACUUUGCUAAGGAUCGAUUCCUCAUAGAUGGCAAUGGACAGGUCACCACAACAGAAAGGCUCGAUAGGGAAAACCCUCUGGAGGGAGACAUCAGUAUUUUUUUGAGGGCCCUCGAUGGCGGAGGAAGAACAACUUUCUGUACCGUGAGGGUGAUUGUGGUAGAUGAAAAUGACAACCCCCCCCAGUUCCUGACAGUGGAAUACAGAGCCAGCGUCAGGGCAGAUGUCGGACGGGGCCACCUGGUCACGCAGGUUCAAGCCAUGGAUCCAGAUGAUGGAGCAAAUGCAAGGAUUACUUACUCCCUCUAUAGUGAGGCCUCGGUCUCAGUGGCUGACCUCCUGGAAAUCGACCCUGACAAUGGUUGGAUGGUCACAAAGGGCCAUUUUAACCAGCUGAAGAACACGGUGCUGUCCUUCUUUGUCAAAGCGGUGGACGGGGGCAUCCCAGUGAAGCACGCGCUCAUCCCUGUCUACAUCCACGUCUUGCCCCCCGAAACCUUCGUGCCCUCCUUUACCCAGUCUCAGUACUCCUUCACCGUGUCAGAAGAUACAGCCAUUGGGAGCACGGUGGAUACCCUGAGGAUUUUGCCCACUCAGAAGGUCAAAUUCAGCACAGUUAAUGGGGAGCGGCUGGAAAAUAACAAAGGCAAUGUCUUCAUCAUAGAACAGGAAACAGGCACGAUCAAGCUGGACAAGCGUCUUGACCAUGAGGUCAGCCCAGCUUUUCACUUCAAAGUGGCAGCCACUAUACCCCUGGACAAAGUGGACGUCGUGUUCACGGUGGAUGUAGACGUCAAGGUGCUGGAUCUGAAUGACAACAAGCCAGUCUUUGAAACUUCGAACUACGAGACGAUCAUCAUGGAAGGGAUGCCGGUGGGCACCAAACUAACACAGGUGAGGGCCGUGGACGCGGACUGGGGAGCCAACGGGCAGGUCACUUACUCCCUCCACGCGGAUUCCCAGCCCGAGAAGGUGAUGGAAGCGUUCAGCAUCGACAGCAACACAGGCUGGAUCAGUACCCUGAAGGACCUGGACCACGAGGCAGACCCCGUGCUCACCUUCUCCGUGGUGGCCGCCGACCUCGGGGAAGCCUUCUCGCUCUCCUCCACGGCACUGGUGUCUGUCAGGGUGACAGACAUAAAUGACAACGCCCCAGUCUUUGCCCACGAGGCGUACCGAGGGAGUGUGAAGGAGAGCGACCCCCCGGGUGAGGUGGUCGCCGUCCUCAGCACGUGGGACAGGGACACGUCUGACGUCAAUCGCCAAGUGAGCUACCACAUCACAGGAGGGAACCCCCGAGGAAGGUUUGCCCUGGGCCUGGUGCAGAACGAAUGGAAGGUCUACGUGAAGAGACAUCUGGAUAGAGAAGAACAAGACAUUUAUUUCCUCAAUAUCACUGCCACCGAUGGGCUCUUUGUCACUCAGGCCAUGGUGGAAGUGACUGUCAGUGAUGUGAAUGACAAUAGCCCUGUGUGUGAUCAGGUUGCAUAUACAGCAUCACUUCCCGAAGACAUUCCAUCAAACAAAAUCAUCCUGAAGGUCAGUGCCAAGGAUGCUGACAUUGGACCCAAUGGAGAUAUACGAUACUCACUCUAUGGACCUGGAAACAACGAAUUUUUUCUAGAUCCAGAAAGUGGUGAGUUAAAAACUUUGGCUCCGUUGGACCGGGAGAGGGUCCCUGCAUACAGCCUCAUUGCCAGGGCCACGGACGGGGGUGGCCGAUUCUGCCAAUCCAACGUCCAUCUGAUCCUGGAGGACGUGAACGAUAACCCGCCGGUGUUUUCAUCUGACCACUACAACGCCUGUGUCUAUGAGAACACGGCCACCAAGGCUCUGUUGACCAGGGUUCAAGCGGUGGAUCCGGAUGUUGGCAUCAACAGGAAGGUUGUGUACUCCCUGGCCGACUCGGCCGACGGGUUCUUCUCCGUGGACAGCUCGUCCGGCAUCAUCGUCCUGGAGCACCCGCUGGACCGAGAGCAGCAGUCCUCCUACACCCUCAGCGUGCGGGCCACCGACCAGAGCCCGGGCCGGGUGCUGUCCUCGCUGGCCACCGUCAGCAUCACUGUCCUGGAUGUCAACGACAAUCCCCCUGUGUUCGAGAGGAGGGACUAUCUGGUGUCGGUGCCCGAGGACACCUCCCCUGGCACCCAAGUCCUCGCUGUCUUUGCCACCAGCAAAGAUAUAGGCACAAAUGCUGAGAUUACUUAUCUCAUCCGAUCUGGAAAUGAGCAGGGGAAAUUUAGGAUCAAUCCAAAGACAGGGGGUAUUUCUGUAUCUGAGGCCCUGGACUACGAAUUAUGCAGAAAGUUUUACCUAGUGGUGGAAGCGAAAGAUGGGGGGACACCUGCCCUCAGCGCUGUGACCACUGUCGGCAUCAACCUCACAGACGUGAAUGACAACCCUCCCGAGUUCAGCCAGGACGUGUACAGCGCUGUCAUAAGUGAAGACGCCUUGGUUGGGGACUCAGUCAUUUUGCUAAUAGCAGAAGAUGCAGACAGCCAGCCCAACGGACAGAUUCGUUUUUCCAUUGUGAAUGGAGAUCGGGAUAAUGAAUUUACUGUGGAUCCUGUCUUGGGACUUGUGAAAGUUAAGAAGAAAUUGGACCGGGAACGGGUAUCUGGAUACUCCCUGCUCAUCCAGGCAGUAGACAGCGGCAUGCCUGCAAUGUCCUCAACUGCCACUGUCAACAUCGACAUUUCUGAUGUGAAUGACAACAGCCCAGUCUUUACACCUGCUAACGCUACUGCUGUGAUUCAGGAAAAUAAGCCAGUAGGCACCAGCGUUCUGCAGCUCAUGGUGACAGACAAAGACUCCUUUCACAAUGGGCCUCCCUUCUCCUUCUCUAUUUUGUCGGGAAAUGAAGAGGAGGCAUUCGUGUUGGACUCGGACGGGAUCCUAAGGUCAGCCGUGGUCUUCCAGCACACGGAGUCUGCAGAGUACGUGCUGCGUGUCCAGGCGAAAGACUCCGGCAAACCUCAGCAAGUGUCUCACUCCUACGUCCGAGUGCGGGUCAUUGAGGAGAGUAUCCACAAGCCCACAGCCAUCCCCCUGGAGAUUUUCAUUGUCACCAUGGAGGACGACUUUCCUGGUGGGGUCAUCGGGAAGAUCCACGCCACCGAUCAGGACGUGUAUGACGUACUCACGUUUGCGCUGAAAUCGGAGCAGAAGAGCUUGUUCAAGGUGAACAGUCAUGAUGGGAAAAUCAUUGCGCUGGGGGGCUUGGACAGCGGCAAGUACGUUCUGAACGUGUCGGUGAGUGACGGCCGCUUCCAGGUGCCCAUCGACGUGGUCGUGCACGUGGAGCAGCUGGUGCCGGAGAUGCUGCAGAACACCGUCACCAUCCGCUUCGAGAACGUGUCCCCCGAGGACUUCGUGGGGCUCCACAUGCACGGCUUCCGGCGCACCCUGCGCAACGCGGUCCUGACCCAGAAGCAGGACAGCCUGCACAUCAUUAGCAUCCAGCCUGUGGCGGGCACCAGCGAGCUGGACAUGCUGUUUGCAGUGGAGAUGCACAGCAGCGAGUUCUACAAGCCGGCCUACCUCAUCCAGAAGCUGUCCAACUCCAGGAGACACCUGGAGGACGCGAUGCGCAUCUCGGCCAUCCUGGAGAAGAACUGCUCCGGGCUGGACUGUCAGGAGCAGCACUGCGAGCAGGGCUUGUCGCUGGACUCGCACGCGCUCAUGACCUACAGCACGGCCCGCAUCAGCUUCGUGUGCCCGCGUUUCUACCGGAACGUGCGCUGCACCUGCGAUGGAGGACUGUGUCCAGGGGCCAACGAUCCUUGCGUGGAGAAGCCGUGUCCAGGGGACAUGCAGUGUGUUGGUUACGAAGCCAGCAGGAGACCGUUCCUCUGCCAGUGUCCACCGGGAAAGCUCGGAGAGUGCUCAGGGCACACUUCUCUCAGCUUUGCUGGAAACAGUUACAUCAAAUAUCGGCUUUCUGAAAACAGCAAAGAAGAAGACUUUAAACUGGCCCUGCGUCUGCGGACCCUACAAAGCAACGGGAUUAUAAUGUACACCAGAGCAAACCCCUGCAUCAUACUGAAGAUCGUGGACGGCAGGCUGUGGUUUCAGCUGGACUGCGGCAGCGGCCCCGGCAUCCUGGGCAUCUCGGGCCGCGCGGUCAACGACGGGAGCUGGCACUCCGUCUUCCUGGAGCUCAACCGCAACUUCACCAGCCUGGCCCUGGACGACAGCUACGUGGAGCGCCGCCGGGCGCCCCUCUACUUCCAGACGCUGGGCACCGAGAGCGCCAUCUACUUCGGGGCCCUGGUGCAGGCGGACAGCAUCCGCAGCCUGACCGACGCGCGGGUCACGCAGGUGCUGAGCGGCUUCCAGGGCUGCCUGGACUCAGUGGUGCUGAAUGACAACGAGCUGCCGCUGCAGAACAAGCGCAGCAGCUUCGCCGAGGUGGUGGGCCUGACCGAGCUGAAGCUGGGCUGCGUGCUCUACCCCGACGCCUGUGAGCGCGGGCCCUGCCAGCACGGAGGCAGCUGCGCGGGCCUGGCCUCCGGAGGUUACCAGUGUACUUGUCUCUCCCAAUUCACCGGGAGAAACUGUGAAUCUGAGAUCACAGCCUGCUUCCCAAACCCCUGCCGGAAUGGAGGCUCCUGCGACCCCAUAGGAAACACUUUCAUCUGCAAUUGCAAAGCUGGGCUCACCGGAGUCACGUGUGAGGAGGACGUCAACGAGUGCGAGAGGGAGGAGUGUGAGAACGGCGGCGCCUGCGUCAACGUGUUCGGCUCCUUCGUGUGCAACUGCACGCCGGGCUACGUGGGCCAGUACUGCGGGCUGCGGCCGGUGGUGGUGCCCAACAUCCAGGCCGGGCACGCCUACGUGGGCAGGGAGGAGCUGAUCGGCAUCGCCGCGGUGCUCCUGGUCAUCGUCGCCCUCAUCGUCCUCUUCGUCGUCUUCCGCAAGAAGGUCUUCCGCAAGAGCUACUCCCGCAACAACAUCACGCUGGUGCAGGACCCCGCCACGGCCGCCCUUCUCCGCAAGAGCAACGGCGUGCCCUUCCGGAGCCUGCGCGCCGGGGACGGCCGCCACGCGUACCAGGAGGCCGGGCCCCCGCAGGUGCCCGUGCGCCCCAUGGCCUACACCCCGUGCUUCCAGGGCGACUCCAGGAGCAACCUGGACAAGCUCGGGGACGGGCUGGGCGGCGAACCCCAGGAGAUGACCACCUUCCACCCCGAGUCCCCGCGCAUCCUGACGGCCCGGCGGGGCGUGGUGGUGUGCAGCGUGGCCCCCAACCUGCCCGCCGUGUCCCCCUGCCGCUCCGACUGCGACUCCAUCCGCAAGAACGGCUGGGACGCGGGCACCGAGAACAAAGGGGUUGAUGACCCGGGAGAAGUGACCUGCUUUGCAGGCAGUAAUAAAGGCAGCAACUCGGAAGUGCAGUCCCUGAGUUCCUUCCAGUCGGAUUCGGGCGAUGACAAUGCAUCCAUAGUGACUGUCAUUCAGCUUGUCAACAAUGUAGUUGACACUAUAGAGAAUGAAGUGUCUGUCAUGGAUCAAGGACAGAACUUCAACCGAGCCUACCACUGGGACACGUCCGACUGGAUGCCCGGGGCCCGCCUGUCCGACAUAGAAGAGGUGCCCACCUACGAGAGCCAGGAGGGCGCGGCGCCGCCGGGCAGCGCGCGCGGGCUGGAGAGCGACUACUACCUGGGGGGCUACGACGUGGACAGCGAGUACCCGCCGCCGCACGACGACGACUUCCUGGGGCAGGACCCGCUGCCGCCGCCGCUGCCCGAGGACUUCGCGGACCAGUACGACGGCCUGCCGCCCGCGCGGCCCGGCUCGCUGGCCGGCACGCUGAGCCCGGGCUGCAGGAGGCGGCCGCAGUUCCACCCCAGCCAGUACCUCCCUCCCCACCCCUUCCCGCACGAGACGGACGUGGGGGGCCCGCCCGCCGCCGGCGAGCUCAGUACUUUCGCGGUGAGCGUGAACGCGGGCGCGGAGGCCGCGGCGGGCCCCGCAGACGGCGCGGCCGUCCCCUUGCACAUCGCCCGGGGCCCCUCGUCCUCCGACGUGUCGGCCAGCUGCGGCUUCGACGACUCCGAAGCGGCCGUGAGUGACUAUGAGAGCGUUGGGGAGCUCAGCCUUGCCAGCCUCCACAUUCCCUUUUUGGAGACCCAGCAGCAGACCCAGGUGUAGAGGCGGGGAGCCCGCGGGCUGGCACAACGCGCAGAGACCGGCGCGGCUCGCGGCUCCGAGCAGCAGGCAACGCGGUCUUCUCAGCGGGAAACUCCUUCUCCGAGUCCUACUGUCACGAGCAAGCUCGACUCCCAGUGGGUGAAAAGGAAAGGCUCAGAAAUUGUUUCUGAGAGGUGACCCAUCGCCCGGGCAGCGCAUGUCUGCCUACAUGACCCAGAAGGUGCACCAAGUUUUCCCAGGGGAAGCGAGCUCCGCCGUGACGUUAGACGCCCGUCUGUCUGCUUUCUGCAGUCUUGUGCCCUGCCAAGUGUUACAGCGUCGGGCCGGCCCUUGCAGUAUUAUUAACUGGCAGCAAGCCAAGAGGCUUUGUUGCAUGUAAUUUUGAGCCAAUGGGGGGAAAUGAAAACAGUAGUUAUGACUGUUGGAAAAGUUAGUCUCUUAGGCAAAAGAAAAGAGGAACGACCAUUACUAAAUAAGAAAAUGGGCUGAAGCCUUUCAAAUCAACUUUUUAUUUUUUUUCAAAUAAGCUACCCAAUUUUCAGCUAUAAAGUUAGGUUUGGGUAACAUGUUUAGUAUGCCCAGUUAUUUUUGUUUGUUUGUUUGUGUUAAGCAUCUGAAAUAAUAUAGUUGUAUUUUAUGAUCAUUGAGAAAGAUAUCAAUGAAGAGGAAUACUUGAGAUAUCUGGGUUCCACUUUGUAGGUAGAGGGGAAGGUUAACAUUGUGCAAACAUUGGAAAGAAUGUGAUUAUCUGUCUUUGUGUUUUCCAGUAAAUAUUCUUGGCUGUAACUACAAUUUUAACAUUGUGGCAGAAAUUGGCCUUUGUUCUAAGAAUCAGGAAAUAAAGAGACAAAAAAAGGAAUAUUUUAGUACAUUGUUCCCUAGAAUGAGAGACAUUGAGAGGUUUAAGCAGAAUUCACAAAUUCAAGGAAAAAAAGAAAAUACUUCCAAAGUUUUCAGCUAGAUAAUCACAGUUCUUGAUAAAGCAGAUAAAAGGUAUGUGUUUUAAAUUGGUAGCGUCAUCACUAUAGAUGCAAUUUUGUUUUUUAAAAAAAGGAGAAGAAAGAUUAGUUAUUGUGUAUAAAUUAUAAUAGUGUGUGUGUCUGGGCCUAUGUACAGAUAUGUGCUUGCACUCAGUAAGGCUGCUCUUGAGGAGAAGUGACAGGAAGGUUUUAGGAUACAACCUAUGUUAAAAAUCCUGCCAGCAAGGCCAACCUUCCAAUUUCUCUGAUCUUAAUAUUAGAGAAACACCAAAUGCCAUAUUUUAUUCCGAUUCAGUUAACUUUAUUUUGGUAUUGCCGUUUAUAUUAACUUGAAGCAAAACUGUGCUUUUUUAAGGAAGAAGACAAAACAGUAUUUUGUUAUAAUUUUUCAGAACUAAACUCUUAUUUGAAAAAAGUAUAAAGUUUAGCUACACCCUGCCUUUUGGUUCUCCUCUCUUCUGACAUGCGGGCUUUGACCUUGAGUUUCCUCAAAAUUGCCAGGAGAAUCAUCUGACUGGAAAUACAGUAACUCCAAGCUUAAAGUUGAUGAGCUGAGUAACUUGACUCUUUUGCUUCAGUCAGAUCAUGGGCACGUGCACAGAGGCCAUGGUUAAAUAAAUGCAUAUUUGCACUCUCUGCAUAUGAGCGAAUCUCUGUGUCCACAAUUUCUGGUGACAUAUGGCGUUGGUGUGUCCACCAUACCGUCCUGAAUCUGUGUCUCAUCCACUCAGACGUUUCAGUCAUGUUCAAUCCACUUCUUUGUAGGAGUCAGUGUUUCCAAAAGUUUGUUAAAACUUUGUUAAACAAACAAAAAUUCCUUUUCAUUCUCGAGCUUCCUGAAUAAACUGUACACUCAUACACUUCACAGAUUUUUCAGCUUUUCUCCUCUUCCUAUCUCUUAGUCAGACCUACUCAUGGAAACAUUAUCUGCACCGUGGUCUUGAAAUAAAUGAAUUUCACUAAGGCUGCUUGGGAGAAUGAAAUCUUUGGUAUUUUUCUUAUGUAAGAAACCCAUUUGCAAGAAUCACAGAGAAAAUGACAAACUAAUGGUCUAGAAUAGAAUUGCUGCUACACUUUCUAUAAUGCAGUGGCAUAAAAAACAAUCAAAGUAAAACCAACAAUUCAUUUCUUGCCCCAGGAAAUAUUAGAAGGAGAUUAAUGCCGAUGAGUCAGUCCUGCUUGCACAGCAUACCCUCCAGGCAGAGUGCCCUCGGAACCCAGUAAUGAAGGAAUAAAUAGAUCCUAAUGCUGUUGUCAAGUCACCCAAGAAAACUGGGCCCACUCUUGGCUCUGACCUAUAUAAAAUACCUCUUUCUUCAGGAUAUCUUCCCCUGGUUUUCUUCAGAGUAGCUCUGCAGCUAAAUGUAUCCCAGACAAGCGUGUGUUAUGUUUUGAUCAAUUACCUUUAAACACAUGAUAUCUUUUCACUUUCUGGAUAAUUAGCUUUUCCUGUAGAUUCUGAAAUGGUUUGCAGCCAGCAGGCCAAGAUGGAACUAGGUGGGUGACCAGUGAUUUAGGAGCUGGAAGGGUGCUUAAGAUCUGCUUAUCCAAUCCCCUUAUUUUAUAAAAAAGGAAACAUACCCAGAUAGGGGAAGGGACUCACCCAAGCUCACAUAGGAAGUUAAGUAGCUGAACAAGAACUAGAGCUCAUCCGUUUGACCAGUAUUGUUUCUGUUACUAUUAUUCACAACUAACCUGCCUGGGGCAUGGUGUCUGCCUGCUUCUGCUGGAGCUUUUGAUUUUACCCCAUUCCUGCUUUGGAAUAUACUAGAAGAGAGAACUCAUGGAGAGUAUUUCUCUGGAAGCCUCAUGAUCUUAGAUUUUUUUUUGCAGCCCCCAUAGGAAAGGUGCAGUUACAGAAUUCAUACAUUUCUUUGGACAUCUAUCAAAACUGCUUUCACCAAAUGAAUGUUUUCUAAAAUGAAGAUGGAAUGAUAAUUAUAAAAUGGAACUCAAACUGAUCAGUAAGUACAGUAAAACUUACCUACCAGGUCCAUUUUUCUUUUUUCUUUCCUCCCAGCCCUGGUAUUUAUUCCUACCCAUUCACCCUGAUGAACCACAUGGGAAAGAUUUAAGCCAAUUAGUGUCUUUCCCAUACAUGUUUUCCUAACAUGUAUGUGCUACCUCUGGAAGCCAUUUUCCAUAGCCCGUUGUAGGCACUUUGCUUGUAUUGCACACAUUCUGGUUAGGUGGAGAUUAGCUGGACUAGUGAUGCUUGUCAUAGAGUCAGCAGACGCUCUGAGGCUGUAAAAGAUACAGAAGGUAGGUGUUUAAUUUAUUUGCUUUCUUCUAUGAGGAUUUUGUUUCCGAGUUUCAUUCCAUGCCAACUUUCCAUGUACUCCUAUCCUGCCAGUUCAUGAAAUGCCAGUUGUAGAAGAUUUAGUGAUAGGAACGAGUCAAGUCCAUGCAUGUAAGAUUUAUCCUAUCAGACAAUCGGGGUGAAAACCUAGAAAGGGAAUUGAUGCGUUCCUGGAACUUUCCUGGAACCACUCUUGGGAAUCAGUAGCAGAGCCUGGGGAAAGAGAGCAAGGAAAACACUGUCAGCCAAUUCCUGUUUACUUACCACCACCACCCCCACCAUCCCACCCCACCCCCGCCCCCGCUGCCCCGCUGAUGCUCGAGUCUACAUGAUAGCAUCAGGGAGACGAGAGACAAGCAAACUAGAUCACUUAGGACCCAGGGACACCUCCGUGGGAGAAUUCGGGGAGCUCUGGCACGGGUUGUCCAGGUGAUCGUCUGGUCUCUCCUCUCUGCUGCCCUCCCAGUGCACAGAUAUUGCUAAAGUGGUUAGGUUUUAUGAUUUUGUUUUUAGCUUCCAAUCAUGGGAAAUGGAGAUGUGAAGAGGCAUUUCUUUCACGUCAUCAUUUUGUGUGGUCUGUGAGAAGGCGGGUUCUGUGUUUUUGCUGGGCUUUGUCCUGCAGCGUUCAACUGCACAUUAUUCUGGUGGAAAUCCACAAUGUCUUUAAGCGUCUAGUCGUAUAAUUCUAGGAUUUAAAGUUGCCAUAUGUGGAUUUGGCAUCAGUUAAUAUUUAGCCAACUGGCUAAGAGAUAGGAAAAGAAUAAGAUUUUCUUUCCUUAUGUAAUAAUGAAAAGCAAUAAUUACAAAUAUGUAAUAUUACACAAAGGCCAUAAUUAGUCUCUUCCAGUGUUUAGAAUGCACUCGAGAGUCGUAGAGGCGUUUGGAGUGUGUUUGGACCCAUCAGUAUGUACUGUAGUACCCUUCUGGCAAACAAAUCCCUGAAUUGCUACUAUUGAACAAUUUUAUGAGCCCAUACUACUGCAUUUUGGGAAGUGACAAAUGUGUUCAGAUGUGUUCAGAAAUGGAAGCAGUUCUUUUUAAGCACUGUAUCAGAGAGAUUGUCAUGUAAAUUUACCUGUUACAAACAGGCUGGUUUGUAAAAGAUGUAUGUUUCAGUGUUAAAAUGUUUAUAAAAUUGUAUAUAAUGGUUUCAAUUUUCCAGGCUUUUGUAGAUAUACUGUAUUUGAUGCCUAUCAGGAUUCUUUAAUUUGGGGGGUUGAAUAUAAUUCUAAGUCACCCAUGCUGUUGGUCUGCAAACUAUUGAGGUAACUGCACACACACACAUAAAGCAUUUUAGAUUUGAAAAUGAUGUUUUUGAAUCAUUUCCAAAUGUACUGUAGCCUUUCUUUGGUUUUACUGUUUUCAUUUAACUUUCUCUGUUUCCAAGAAAAUGUUCCUGUUGACAUUUUAAAAAUCAAGUGUGUUUUGCCCAGUUACUAAGUACCUGAUUUGUAUGCCAUCUCAGAUUCAGAAUGAAGUGCAUCGUUUCUUCACACUCACGUACACUCACCUCAACUUGCACACACAUCACACACCAAACCUUAUGCAAAGGGAAAGCAAACACUUAAAGUGGAUCCUGCCCCAUAUGAAAAUGGAUUGUUUCUGCAUAUAAUGCUGUUGGCAGUGUUCAGUCUCGUGUUCUUUUUCUAAAAAAUGAAAGAAAAACAAAAAAGAUGACAAAAAAAAAAACCUCACAAAAACCGAACAGUGUACAGGUUUGUAACUGCCAAAAUUUGAUGGU